GCUUUAAUAUCUCAUAAAGCAGACGGACCGGAUGAGAUGGAUCUAGAAGUAGGUGACGAGAUCGAAGUAGCUGGAAAUCAUUGGGACGGUUAUUCAAAAGGGACAAAUUUGAGAACAAAAAAAACGCUUCUGUAUCCUAGUUUCAAGGUAACGACAAAAAUUGAAGUUUUACCAUUUGCCACUUAUCCAAAUAUCACUGUCGACAUUUAGACAC